UACUAGCACAACACGCAGUGAACCUGUCCCAAAACGCUCCUCGACCGUGCAAAAAGAGUUGGACGUGUAUUUUCUCGUUUAAAACAACUUUGAAUAUUUUAGUGAUUUGUUCAAAAAAAGAAAAAGAAGAAUGGCUACAGAAAAACAAACCCAAUACAAGAACAUGUAUCACAGGAUCGAAGCCAUUAAAGAACAGUUAUAUGCUGUGCAACUCCAAAUUUACGAGGUCAGCACUGAGCUCCACAGCCCUGAAUAUAUGGAGGACAAAUAUUUCAUAAUGAGGGCGGAGGAAGUGAAUGCAAGAGCAAAAUGUAUUUCUCUUCAAAAGGAAUUAAACAAACUCUUGGACGUAGCCCAAAAUCAUACAUCUAACGCUGAAAUAAGAAGGAAGAAAAAAAAAGCUGUUGAAGUGUCUCAGGAAAUGGUCAAAGACAACAGCGGGCCAGAAGUUAAUGUUACCAUUAAAGAAGAAAAUGAAAGUGUCACACAAGAGCAUGUGGCCCUCAAGAAGCAACUUCAAGAUCUGCAGGCAUCCGAAAUAAAGCAGCCUUAGAGAAGAACUGUGAGGCGGUAAAAAAAUGUACAGAAGAGAUGAAGGCGCAAAACAGUGCACUGCAACAGCAAAUCCAGAGAUUGAAGGAGGAACGCGAGCACAUAAGCAAUUUGGUUCAGGUCUACGAGUCUGAAAAACAACAACAUGUCGCUGUUAAAAGGGAAAAUCAGAAGUUGAUGAAAGACAUCAAGAAGAUACUUACAGACGUUCUACAGGCCAGAUCAUCCCUCAAAGAAACUUACAAAAAUGACCAUGAUCUCAGGAAACUGUUCUCUGAAAAAGGAGAAAAACUGGCACAAAUGAGCAAACUGAAAAAAGAAAAGAAGGAAUUAAAAGCUCAAAUAAGUGAGCUAAAUGAUUGUGUAGAAAUGAGAAAAGCGUUUAGAAAACUAGAAAAGGAAGAAAAAGCCCUCCAGGGGCACAAAAAAAGUCUUUUUAAAAGGCGUGCUGAUGUCUCCAAACAGGUGUUUACUGAAGAAGACUGGAGUAAAAAAUAUAGCAUACUAAAGGAACAGGUAGAAGUCUUGAAGCAAGACAAUAACGAGACAACUACAGAAAUUGAAAGACUGAAUGGAGAAAUAGACAGUCGAAAGACUAUUAAUGCAAAUUAUAAGGCUCUGGAAGCAGAGAAAAAGUGUGUUACCAGCCAAGGUACCACUCUGCAGAAAGAGCUUGAGGGGCUGCGGUCAAAGCUGGUUAAGGAACAGGCUUUGCGUCAGCAGAAUAGUGAACUUAGAGCAGAGAUUGACAACCUCGCGAUUUCAACUCCUGCUCUCCAAGCUGAAAUUGCAGAGCUCCGGAAAAACCUCCAAGAGAAAAGAGUUUUUAACCUUGAGUACAAUUCCCUGAAAAUGGAAACAAAGAGCAUUACUGAGCUAAACAAGGUCCUGCAAAAAGAAGUGGAUAAGCUAAAAGAGAAAAGGCUCUGCAAGAGAAAGUCACAGCAAUGAGAGCGAAAAAAGAGAAUGUAUGCAGACAACGAGACGCUCUAAAAACAGGACUCAGCGAUUUCACAGACUCAACAAGGUCAGACUUUGAAAGUUCAGUCACAGAAAGAACCACAUUGUCAGUUUGGAGAAGAUGGUUUAAAUUUAAAACUUCAAACAAGAAGGUUAGAAUGUGAGUCCACCACUGUGUGAAGUCUGACUUUAUGGUGUUGAACUGGCUUUACUCCAGGGGCCUUAUUUCAGCUCUAAUCUCAAAAAUAAUAUUAAACUGGCACUUUAUCCAAGUUACAGUUAAACAAAACCCAACCAGUCGAGGCGGAUGGCUGCCCCUAGAUGAGCCUGGUUCU